AUGAGAAUGCAAGUCCACAGUGUAGUGCAUCAGAUGAAAAUUCUGGGAUUAAAUUAUAGCUCUGAGUGCUGAGAACAGGAGAGCCGGGCUUUGAUUCUGUUAUUGACUGGAUGUGGUGCUGUUUGCCAGCCAAACAACUCCCUUUUCCAAUGUGGAAAAUGGGGACACCUUUCCCUGCUUCUCUGAUGGGGUUCAUUGAGCUCACAUGAGCCAUCUGGAAACGAUAUAAGAUCCAGUUUGUAAUCAGGAUUACCUCAUGAAAGUCUCCAAGAAAUCCUAUGCAUGUAGUGAAGACUUACACAGACAUGAGUUUUUUACUCUCUUUUCUAUGUUGUUUUUUGGAUUUUUUUUUUCUGGUUUUGUUGGCUUGGUUUUGGUAUUUGAUCAGCAAGGAUGCUGCUCAUCCCUGUCUUGUUUCUUCUGGUUCCCAUGGUGACUACAGCUCAUAGAUAGAGGGAGGGUUGUUCCCUAGCAACUGUUCCCUCCUUUCAACCUUCAGACCACCUCCAUACCCAGAGGGACCUGCCUGCUUGCAGGAAUCACCGUGGCACCACAUCAGGGACCAUGGACCAGGUGAGAGAGGCAAUCACGAAGUCCCCAACAUCCCCCAGACUUGAUGUGGCCCAAAGUGACUCUGUGCCUUCCAACAACGCAUCAGUGGAACCUGAGGAAGAGAAAAAGGAGCGUCUUCCAGCAGGCUUAAGUCCCACCAGACAGAGAACAACAUCCCAUAAAACUCCCAGCAGAGUCUCCUGCAAAGUCUCCAAGAGCUCAGCAGCUCAAGGAACAACUAAGAAGAACUCCACACAUAUUAAAUCCAAGGUAUCUCCUUCUGUAAAGGAUAUUCAGAAUGGAAGACAGAGUAAACAGCAUCUCCAAGCCAAAACACCCCACACACAGAAUCAUCAUUCAAGAAGACUUGAAGAGGAAGAAGAAGAUACUUCUGCCACCAAAGAUCCAAGGAUGAGGCUUCAGCAAAGAGGCAGGAACAGCAUUUCCAGUCAAUCUGCCUCAUCCAGGCAGAGGGAGGCAGAGAACACCAAAUCCAUGCCCACUGGCAAAGAGUUAGUAGAAGGCCGGCAGCAAACCCCACGUUCUAAAAUGCCCGGAUCUCUGACCAAAGCCAGAUGUGAAAAAACCAAGGAGACGAAUGAGUCCCUGACAGCAGUAGCACCAGAUAGGAAAGCAGAGUGGAAGGAGCCUCUGGAGAAGAAAAACAGUGUGACCCGUGACAACAGCAAAAAUAAAUUUGCCAGUGUAGAUGAAUUUGCCAGCAAUGAAGAGGAGCGGCGGUCUCUGUGCCUGACAGCACUCAUCAUGGGACAGAAAAGACUCAGUGACCGCACUGGGAUGCUAAAAAGAAAGCUGGAGUCAUUUGGUGAUUUCAAUGAGCUGGGUUUUAACCUGAGGUCAAAUAUCUUCCAAGGUGGACCACUGGAAUGCAGAAGCUUGAUGAAAGAUUCCUACACCCCUGAUGUAAUUCAGAAGUCAAUCAGGGAUCCCAGGAACUGGCAUGGGAGGAGGAUUGAUGAUUUAGGGAGGUGGCAUCAGAAGAAUGCCUUAAAUCUUAGCCUGCAGAAAGCACUGGAAAAUAAAUACGGGAAGAAAAAAGCCCAGCCCUAGAUGAUGAAGGUUAAGUACUGACCUGCAUUCACCAGGUGAUCUUCCUCGGCCAUCUAAUAAACCUCCAUGUAGAGCACGAACCCACUGCUCAAUAGUUGUCA